CCGCCCCCGCCGCUUCCCUGCGCCCCGGCCUCCGCCGCGUCGGGAUGAGCCGCGCUUCCCCAUGGAGACCAAACGGGCCGAGAUCCCCAGCAGCGUCCUGGACGACCUAUGCAGCCGAUUUAUUUUGCACAUUCCAAGUGAAGAGAGAGACAAUGCAAUCAGAGUGUGUUUUCAGAUUGAACUUGCCCAUUGGUUUUAUUUGGAUUUCUACAUGCAAAACACACCAGGAUUACCUCAGUGUGGGAUAAGAGACUUUGCUAAAGCUGUUUUCAAUCACUGCCCCUUUUUACUGCCUCAAGGUGAAGAUGUACAAAAGGUUUUAGAUGAGUGGAAAGAAUACAAAAUGGGAGUUCCAACCUAUGGUGCAAUUAUCCUUGAUGAGACACUUGAAAAUGUUCUUUUGGUUCAGGGCUAUUUAGCAAAAUCUGGUUGGGGAUUUCCAAAAGGGAAAGUAAACAAAGAAGAGGCACCUCAUGACUGUGCUGCUAGAGAGGUGUUUGAAGAAACUGGGUUUGACAUAAAAGAUUAUAUCUGCAAAGAGGACUAUAUUGAGCUGCGAAUCAAUGAUCAGUUAGCACGGCUGUACAUCAUUCCUGGAGUUCCCAAGAACACGAAAUUCAACCCCAAAACUAGAAGGGAAAUUCGGAAUAUUGAGUGGUUUUCCAUCGACAAAUUACCAUGCCACAGAAAUGACAUGACCCCAAAGUCCAAGCUGGGUUUGGCACCUAACAAAUUUUUUAUGGCAAUUCCCUUCAUCAGGCCGUUGAGGGAAUGGAUUUCCCGAAGGAAUGGAGAUUCCUCAGACAGUGACAAUGGUUUUUCAUCUGCAGGGAGCACACCCUCUAAGCCCAACUUGGAAAAAGCUAGAUCCAAACUUCGCUGUAGUCAACAGGUGUUUACAGAUGGCUUUUCAGGAGAGCACUUGGGGAAGCCAAAACAGCCACAGAAGCCAUAUAAUCAUCCUGAGGUGUCUGAAGGUUCAAAAGUAAAGCAGAGUCAGAGCCUGAGGAGCAAUGGCAGAAAGCAAAAUCAAGACACUUCCAGCCAAAAGAAGCGAACAAAUGGACUGCACAGUCAGCCAGUUAAGCAAAACCAUACCUUGAAAUGUGAAAAAAGGCUUAAUCCAAGAAGACUUCAAGAUAACUUUGAAACAGAAGCAGCAUACGAGAUGUGUUGCUCCAGCGAAGACGCGCUGCCAGAACAUGUAGAUGGACAUUCUGUGGCAUGCAAUGGCCAUUACAAAUUUGUUUUUUCAUCAAGAGCUUUCUUGAGUUUCAAGUUUGACCAUGAUGCCAUAAUGAAAAGUUUUGACCUCUGACAGCAAGCUUAUUAAGAAUAAGAAUUGCCUGUUGGAAUUGAGGGGGUUUCUUAUCCAGCCUUACUCUUUCUCAGGAGUUUUUUAUUUUCUUUUUUUUUUUUGUUUGUUUGUUUGUUUGUUUGUUUCUAAAUGCAAUGCAGGGACUGACUGCUGGUUUGGAAGGGUUUGUUCUCUUUGCAGUAUGGGAGUGGCAUAGUCGAGUGUUGCACUUUAAAUGCAGUCUAGCCUUUGUCCACAAAAGUACCUUUCCAAUGUUCAGUUCACUUGUUCCUAGCUGUGCAUUAGAGGGCAUUCUUUUUACUUGUGGUUUUUUUUUGUGGUUUAAAAUUUUUUUUUAUUGUAACUUGCCGUGUGUUUUGUAGAAUGUCAUUGACUUUUUUUUAACUGUUGGGAGUAUACCAGCUUGCUAACCUUUUAACUGUUCUGAUGUAAAUUAUUAGACUUGUUUGUCAUUAUUUUGUAGAACAUUGCAAUAUUACGCAGUGGCAAUGAAACUAAUUCUCAGAGGACACCUCUGUCCUAGUGAUUUUGAAACCAAGUUGCACAUUUCAAACCUAGUCUCAGCCUGUCAUCCUUUCUCUGUACUGAUUGUUUGUCUCAAUUACCUUCCCUCCUUCACACUGAUAGUUUUCGUUGGCUGGCAAUCACUAGUACUUGAGUCACAUCUAUAGCAUGUUGACUUUUUGUACUUACUCUUCCCUGGUCUUCGAUAAUGACACUCAAACUGGGUAAAACUCAGCCCUUCAAAGUGUCUAACUUAGCUCUUGUGCACUGCCCACAGCUGCAUAAGAAGAAGUUACAAAGCAGCUGCUUGUGAAAAAAGAGAAGCUUAAACUUAUCUGUGAGAGGUAACUUGUGUAGAAUUUAUACUGAAUGUAAAUAAGCCUCUGUAGAUCUUGCUGAGGAGGGAGGCAGGUGCAUGGGUAAUAGAGGCAUUGUGUGACACUGAACAGCUUAAUCAGGCUUCCAAUAACUAUUCCAAGGGUGUUCAGUAUUGUAUCCUGUGCUGUUGUCCUCAGAUCUCUUGUGUAGUGUAUCUGCUGUGUAUAUAUCCAGUAGUAUUGAAUUGCACUUGCAGUUAGCAUUUAAAUGAUCUAGCCUCAGUCAUUUUCAGCUACAGUGCUUUCUUAGCAAAACAUGAAAGAUGGGGUGGGGAUGGAGGGGAGGAACAAAAAACCUGUAAGAGCUGGGGUGAUGAGCUGUUACAUCACCCGCAGGUCAGUGGGUUUUGAGCAUCUCUGUUGCAGUGGAGAGAAAUGCACUGAAAUAAUUUGUCACAGCAGCUUGUGAUAGCAAGCAUGUCCCAGAUUUAAAAAUGAACUUUUCUCUAGAAUAGAGGUAAUUGAUAACUUGAUAGGUUGAAUGAACUACACCCUUGUAGUGUAUCUACAUGCACUGAGUUUUUAUGCAACUCAUAUAUGUCAUCCAAAACCAAAAUCCUGGUCUUCCUUCAACCACCCUACUUCAUGUACCCUACCUAGUGUUUUCUUCAGAAAUAGCUUUAGAACUUUCUCCUGGUUUAUUCACCUGCCUGGCAUCAGGUGAUUUGGAACUCUAAUGCUGUAAUAAUUUUGGCCAUGGGAGUGUUCAACUUCUAUAUCAGUCAACAGGAGAAAUGGACUACAGCAUCUCCUCCUUCUGGAGGACAAGGGUUCUGAGGGCCUUGUUUUUCAAGACCAAAUUGUGAAAUAGCUCAAUCUAGCUUUGACUCACUUUUUUUUUUUUCUUUUGCUUUUGUUUUUGUUUUUUGUUUUUUCUUUAACGUAUCCAAAGGCCAUACAAUGACAAAGAAGAGUAAUUGAGAGGGUAGGAUAAUGCUGGAGAAGGUUACAUUAUUCAGCUUCAGGUGAAAACGAAUCUUUAGUUACUUCUUUGUGCUAUUUUAGUUGAUUUCCCAGCAAAAGUGCCUUUACUCAUGGUGAGGCAGAAGUUUGUAUCAUAUCCUGAGGCUGCUACUGCCUGUGGAGCUAAUAGGAUUCUCCUAAGGCAUAAUUAAAUAACGGGCUGUGGAAAUCUUUUUAUAAAUAAGUUGACUUUUCAGAUAAAUUAGUUAUAGAUAGUGCUCUGUGAAAUAAUGGGGAUGUUGAUGAAACAGUGAACUUGGAGCAUCUGUCAUCUGUUUGGGAAGUCCUGUCCCAGGCAAGAGGAAGUUUUUAGAACAAUGGAAGCAUGUCCUGUGAAUAGGAGAUGCUGGCUGCCCUCUGUUUACUGUGUAAUUUUUUCUUCUUAGUGAAAGGUUGGUUUAGUAUAAGAGACAUUGGUUGCUUCAUUAAGCAACCCAUAGUGAAGCUUAUACAUGUGUCAUUCAUUUUAGUAAACCUAGCCUUAAUGUGAGUUGCAAAUAAAUGUGAUAAAUAUGCAAUAACUUACUUUUUUGUAUAAGGGUACAGUUUCCUGUAGUAGCAUUGCUUUCUGCUUUCUUAGUAAGGUUUAUCCUAAAACUAUGUAAAUGUGGUGGCAUGUGAUCCACUUGGUGGCCUCCAACAUGCCCUGCACCGUGAACAUUUUGUUUACUGUUGUUUAUGUUCUUAUUUCACCAUCCCUUUAUAAUUGUAUUUCUAAGUUUAGAAGUACUGUUUACAUUAUCUUCCAUAAAACAGUGAAGAAAUAGCAAGUGAGAUAUGGGCUUUAGUUCUGUGAGUUUUUACUUUACAGGAGCUAGACACGGGGAAAUAGAAACUGUUUGUCUGACUCGAGAGCUGGUGUCGAGAUACUUGAAAAACAAACACUGUCAAUUUGAGAAUGCUGCCAUGUUAGGGGUUAUUCAGAUAAUGAACGGUCAGUCAGUGUUCUUGGAAUCAACUUGCAGAGUAAACAAAUAAUUAGCAAAAAACCCUACAGCUGUAUAGUGCUAGGAAUCUGGUAGUAGUGUGCAGUUUCUAGUACUGCAUCAACUCCCUGCUUUAGCACGAGUUUUUUAGCAUGUCUCCUCAAAAUGUUUCUGUACUUUGACCUUGGACUGAAGAGUGGCCUGCCCAGUUAGUUAAGUGACUGAAGUGCUGCUGACUUCUGCUCCUUGAUGUACAUCAAACAUCCAGCUUUUGAAAGUAACUGUGUCUUGCAUAGUUUGAAGUCUGGCAACAGUGGUUCUGGGAAGGAGAGGGGGAAAUAGCUUUAUUUAUUGCACAAUCAGAGUAUUAUUUUUUAACACAAUGUAAAUUCUUUAGACCAAACAUGCAUAAAUUGUUUCUAAUGAAAUUUUGGGCCUAAUCACUGUUCCAGGCUUCUGUGCUGUGCUUCAACGUUCCUGAACUAAUUUGGUAAUUUGAGAACAAUACUUAAGUGAUUUUCUUUCACCUACCUGUGGCAGUUACAGAUGUAACAGUUCCUUUUAAAAAUAAGGCAGGCUUCGGGUCUGGCUACUUCUAACAUACUUGCUCUCAGAUUGUAAUUUCAGAUAAGAAUGCAGUUCUUCCAACCUUUACUUAAUGUGGUCAUUUGCUUCUGCACUUAUGCCAUUAUGGUGAGUUAUGAUGCCAUUAUGAGUGCUUCUACACUCAUGCCAUUAUGGUGAAGAGCAAAGAGUCUACAUUAAGAAUCCAAACUCCAAUAUCCUGUGGUGCAGGACAGCACUGCUGCUCCGGGGGUAACUGGCUGCCCAGUUGUGGGGUCAGUGGGCUGCUUAAUCCUCAUCAGAUACUUGGGGUUUUGUUACAAAUUCUGAGCAACAGGUUUCUUUUCCAGAGGUAAAGCCAGGUGCCUUCAUGUUUGAAGUUAGGAGGUUAUAUUCUAAAUGUGUUAGGAAGCUCUUAGUUAUUGAGAAUUAGUAGAAUAGUCUCUCUUGUUGAUACUGAUUUCUGUAAAUAAACCUAUUUUAAGUCUUGCACUGUAAAUGUUAAAUAAUCUGGUGCUUAUACACAACUUCAUAAUUUCAAAUUGUUUUUGUUAUUACAAUAUUUCAGCUUUUGAAACAACCAAAAUUAUUUAAGAUAUGGUAAAUUUAUACAAACUAACUGAAGGUGCUUUUACAGUAAAUGAGACUUAGAAACUCUUCCAUAAUAGGUUUUUGUUCAUAUGCAUAUAUAGCAAUAGUGUAGUCAAGAAUGGAAGUAGGCUAAUUGCUAGUAUUUGCACUGUUCUUAAUCCCAUACGUAAGCACUGAUAGAUGCAGUAGGUUUUGUGCUGUGUGUGCAUUUCACUUUUUCAUGUAGCUUGUGAACUUAAAAGGAAGUCAACAUUAAACAACAAUGACAUUGGCCAUAUUCAAGAUUGUACCAGAGGAAUUAUUCCAGACUGGUAGCAGUACAAUAAAACAAAAUACUUGGGGUUCGUCUUUACAUUGAAAAUGUUAGGUUUAGCAAGACUUAACUUUUUGUACAGAUUCAGCUUUACAGAAACCCUUAUCUUUAAAUUGUUCCCAGCUCUGGCUGCUUUUGGGAAGUCAAAAAUGUCUUCGAGUCCUCCUUCAAUUCUUCCAGGAAAAAAAAUGCUUCCUUUUAAGUAAUUGUUAACAUUUCACAGAGUACAGAAUGUUUAAAUUUGGAAAGGUCUCUAUGGAUUUUACUGAAAACAGAAUAUUUUGUAAUUUCUAAGCAUUUAUAUUGUUGGUCAGAAGAACUAGCUUCUUGUUUCCAGUAUGGGUUACAGUUCUGUGCCUUUAAGAAAAUGAUUACAGCUCAUGGAGCAUUAAUCAUUUUAAAAUAAGGCAUUAGUAGCUUUUUAAGAAAAAAACAUCCUGCAAACACAGUUCUCUAUGACACAUUUCCAGUGGUGAGAAGAACUUUGCAAAAAAUUUUUAAGCAUGUUUGAUCAAAAUUACUAAACUGUGGGGAUGAAAUUUGUAUCUUACUGGUUGGGUACAUAAUUUUGUUAUGCAGAAAAUGUAUGGAAAACUGCAUGAUUAAGAGCUCUCAGCAAAUACUUCUCACGCCAGUACUUGCAACAGAACUUUACUGUGUCUGCAUGGCACUGCACUAUGUGGAAGUUUAACUUCAUCCCUGAGGAGCAGUUUAGCUGGGUUUGCAAGGCACUUUUGCCAUUAAAAAGCAAAAAGACCCCUAAAAAUAAGGUGUGGGGUUGUUAAUUCAGGCGGAAUGCUCGAUUGGUGUUCAUGUUCCAGGACCCAGACUUGGGUAUUGCUUCCAAACGAUGACACUUUUCAGGGCAGUACUGCAUGCCUCACAGAAAACCAGAGCCAGUGCUUUGUGGUGUAGCUCAGGCAUGAAGGGUUAUGUCUUCCUCCUGUUUGUUAAGGCUCAAGAACUAAAUCUGUUUUCCUCUGUGUGUAAGUGGCACAUUGGUGCUCAUUAAGUAGAAAGUAUGUACAGCUAAAGAGUUAAAAUCAUUACAGAUUUUAUACAACUUCCAUUAUGUUCUUUUGAAGAAAGUUUGCAUUAGUCAGCUCUUCAGUUGUAUUAAGUAGAAUCUGUAACUACCUGUAACAUCUACUGUACUGAUGAUUGUGAUUUUGUUAUAAAUUGAUUCAAAACUGAAGCACACCAUUUAGGAGACUAAGUUAACAUUUUCUUCUAUAUUGUUAUUUUUUCCUCUGUAAAAUUAAAUUACUUUAUAAAUAAACGUAUUGAAGUACCGAAGUAUGAAUAUAA